AUGUCUCAUGACUUCGCCAUUAAUCUUCAUCUAGGCGCAACCUUCCGGACCUUUUUGUACUCUCAACUUUUUAUAACACCGGCCUACCCAACCCAUUCCUUCGCCGGCCAAACCGUCAUCGUCACAGGUUCUAACGUGGGUCUUGGCUUAGAAGCGGCGCGUCAUAUUUACCGACUUGACGCCGCCAAAUUGAUCCUCGCCGUCCGCACCGUCAGUAAGGGCGAAGCGGCAAAAGAGGAUAUAAUCCGCACCGUAAAACAUCGUCCCGAUGGCGCAGAGGCCAUCGAAGUCUGGCCCUUGGACCUUACCAGCACCGAGUCCACCCUUUCCUUCGCCGACAAGGCCAAAAGCCUCCCCCGUCUUGAUGUCGUGGCCGAGAAUGCUGGGAUUAGCAUCUUCAAAUGGAAGAUGACCGAGGGAUUUGAGGAGACCAUACAGGUCAACGUCAUCAAUACCUUCCUCCUCGCCCUGUCGCUUCUGCCCAAGCUGAGAGAGACGAAGCAAAACUUUCCGGAUGCCAUCCCACGCCUAGAAAUCGUCACUUCCGAAUUGCACCACAUAACGCGCGGCAAGGAGCUCAACGCCCCUGAUGUCUAUGCCAAGUUGAACGACAAGGAAUCCUACGACGCUCUUGACCGGUACAAUAUCAGCAAGCUCCUCGAGGUCCUCUUCGUGCGCGAGUUGGCUUCGCGCCUUGGCAGUGAUGAGCCCGUAAUCAUCACCCUAGUCAACCCCGGCCUGUGUCGCUCAGAAAUCAUUCGUGAAGCCCCCACAUUGCUGAGUGUUAUUUUUCGCGGCAUCGUCCUUUUCAUAGGGCGGACUACCGAAAUCGGGUCUAGGACUCUAGUCCAUGGCGCGUGCGCCGGCACCGAAAGCCACGGACAGUACAUGGCAGACGGGAAAUGCCAGGACGUCGAGGCAUGGAUCUACACCGAUAUUGGCAAGAAGGCCCAAGUUAAGGUCUUCGAGCAGACACUGAAGGUGCUGGAGGCCAGGAAGCCGGGCAUCAGGAAAUUGAUCGGUCUCUGA